GUCGGACAAAAAACGUCUGUUCUUGAUAUCGGAAUCGGAACCUACAUCGAACUUGUUCAUUUUCGUAAUUCCACACGACGACCACAAUCCCACUACUAACGUCAUGGUGUCGAACGCUUUUGUGACCACAACGCUGCUGCUGGCACUGGCGGCAACUACUGUCCACGCCGACGACGCUGUAGGAACAAUCCCCGACGACUGCGGGGUCGUGCUAGGCAAGGACGACAUCUACGACCAGAAGCUGCACAUCGCGGCGAUCUUUAUCGUGUUUGGCGUGUCCAUCUUUGGCAGUUUCCUGCCCGUCGUGAGCUCGUACGUGUCGUGCCUUCGCAACAGCCAAAAGCUCUUGUCCCUGCUCAACUCGUUCGGGUUCGGGGUCGUCAUUGCGACUGCGUUCAUCCACAUGAUCCCCGCGGCCAUGGAAACGUUGGGGAACCCGUGCUUGAACAUGGGAUACCCUGGACUAGCCAUGGUCAUAGUGGUCGGCACCGUCUUUGCCAUGCAAGCGCUCGAAACGGAACUCGUGCUCAUGCUCACCAACACCGACAAACCCGGCAUUAACUCGGCCGACACGUCGAUCGAGACCGCCGCCGUCGUCGUCUCGUCGCCCGUCGCCGGCGACUACCAUCAGCAUCACCACCACCACAGCCACGGCGGCGGAGAACACGACCUCAAAUCCAGCGACACCCGCAAGAAGAUCAACGUGCUGAUCUUUGAAAUCGGCGUUGCCAUCCACUCGGUGAUCAUUGGGCUCAACUUGGGCGUAGCCACGGGCGACGGGUUCACGACGCUGCUCGUGGCCAUUUGCUUCCACCAGUUCUUUGAGGGUGUCGCUGUCGGUUCGUCCGCGGUGACCGCCUUCUCGAACGUCCGCACGUCCAUCGUCACAGCCGUCGCGUACUCGCUCACGACGCCCCUGGGUAUUGCCAUUGGGAUUGCAGUCAACACCUCGUACAGCGAAACGUCUUUGACGUCGUUGUGGGUGCGCGGUGUCUUGGAUGCCGUCGCGGGGGGCAUCUUGGUGUACACUGGGAUUGUGGAAUUGCUCACGUAUCAGUACACGAUCAGCCACGAGUUCCACGCCAAGUCGGGGGGCCUCCGAUCUCUCCACUACCUCUUCUUGUGGCUCGGCGCUGGGGCCAUGGCUAUCAUUGGCAAGUGGGCUUAAGUUUAGAAAAGGAAACAUAGAAAAACGUACAGUAUUUAGAUGCUAUACUGGAAGCAGCAAUCAAUCUCGCGAUGAGUUGUUCACAAGGCGUACCAAAUGAUUUUGAAUUCAAGGCGAUAUAUCCUGAUAUUAAGGAAACCAACG